AUGACAGCGAAACCACAAGCAGAGGUCAUCCAAGAUUGGGCAGACUUCGAUUCAGCAGGAUACAGCUUCGAACGCGGUCGUAUGGAGAAGACGGUUCAGUCGCUUUGCUUUGGUGACAAUGCCGCAACAGUUCCUGCGAGCAUCGCUGCUGGUCCUUCGCAAGGUCAAAAGUUGAAGAAGGAGGAUGUUGAGUUUAUUGUCUCCGAACUGCUAGUCUCACGGCAAGUUGCAGAAUCGACACUAGCCAAGCACAAGGGAGAUAUGGAGAAGGCCCUUGGCGAACUCGUUUCUGGGCCAUAG